CUUUACCAGUGAACCAUUGUGUGUCUCUGAACAACACUGUAGUGGUGUUUCAUUUUUGAAACAUCUGUGAAAUAUCAGCACUCUGGCAAAAUCAUGUACAAAUAUAAUUCUGUUACUGAAACUGAAUGUUGAUAAGUAAAAGUAAAAUCCAGUUUUACAGGUGUGAUCUCAACUCAUGCUGUGCUGUGAAUGUAAAUGUUUGUCAGCUUAUAUCUGCUCUCUCGUGUGCAGGUUGUGGCGUACCAUUACUGUCAGGCUGACAACGCAUACACCUGCCUGGUCCCUGAGUUUGUGCAUAACGUGGCAGCGUUGUUGUGUAGGGCUCCUCAGAUGCAGGCCUACCGAGAGCUGCUGCUCCGCCAGCCGCACCUCCAGAGCACCCUCAGCCUGCGCGCCUGCGUCCAGGACCCUUUCAAUGCUUUCCGCAGGGGCCUGCUGGAGCCUCUGGAGAUCCUGCAUCGAGAGAGGAAGAUCGCGUGUGAGGAGAACCUCAUCAUCCUGAUUGAUGGGUUGAAUGAGGCCGAGUUCCAUAAACCGGAUUACGGAGAAACCAUUGUUUCCUUCCUGUGCAAAACCAUCGAGCGUUUCCCUCCCUGGCUUAAACUGGUGGUCACUCUCAGAACGACACUGCAGGAUAUAACUCGUCCGUUGCCGUUCCACCGGAUCUCUCUGGAUCGUCUGGAGGAAAGUGAUGCGAUUGACUCGGACUUGCAGGGCUACAUCCUGCACCGGCUUCACUCCAGCCAGGAGAUCCAGAACAACGUGGCGCUCAACGGCAAGCUGGACAACGCAGCCUUCGCCAAACUCAGCACUCAUCUGAAAAGCCUGAGCCGGGGCUCCUAUCUCUACCUGAAGCUCACUCUGGACCUCAUUGAGAAGGGUUACCUGGUGCUCAAAAGCUCCAGCUUCAAGGUGGUUCCGGUGAACCUGGCCGAGGUUUACCUAUUGCAGCUGAACAUGCGUUUCCCAACUCAGUCGUCAUUCGAGCGUGUUCUUCCACUGCUUAACGUGGCCGUGGCUUCUCUACACCCGUUAACUGAUGAGCAGGCCUACAGUGCUGUGAACGCCAGCAUGGUGCGUGGAGCGGCCAUGGACUGGGAUGAUUUCCAGCAGAGGUCUGAACUCCUGUCGCCCUUCCUGGUGAAAAGACGUGAUGGAACGCGCAUGUUCAUCCACCCCUCCUUCAGAGAAUGGCUCAUCUGGAGAGAGGAUGGAGAGAAGACCAAGUUCCUCUGCGACCCCAGGAGUGGCCACACACUGCUUGCUUUCUGGUUUUCACGGCAAGACAGUAAACUUAAUCGACAGCAGACCCUCGAACUUGGCCACCACAUUCUCAAAGCUCACAUCUUUAAGGGUCUGAGUAAGAAGGUUGGGGUUUCCUCGUCAGUUCUGCAGGGGCUGUGGGUGUCCUACAGUACAGAAGGGCUCUCUGCAGCUUUGGCUUCAUUGAGAAACCUCUACACUCCAAACAUCAAGGUAUCUCGACUGCUGAUUAUGGGUGGAGCUAAUGUGAACUAUCGUACAGAGGUGUUGAAUAACGCCCCCAUCUUGUGUGUCCACGCUCACCUGGGCUACCUGGAGACUGUGGCUCUGCUGUUGGAGUUUGGGGCGGAUGUGGAUGGCGUUUCAGAAAGCGGACUCACUCCCCUCAGCUACGCAGCUGCCGCGGGUCACCUACCCAUCAUCACUGCCCUCUGCAGCAAGAAAGCCAAGGUGGAUCACCUGGAUAAGAACGGUCAGUGUGCGAUGGUCCACGCGGGUCUGCGGGGUCAUCUAGAGGUGGUGAAGUAUCUGGUGCAGUGCGAGUGGAACACAGAAGGACAGCAGGCCGGAUCCUUCAGCAAGAGCCAUGCGGUACAGCAGGCCCUCAUUGCAGCCGCCAGUAUGGGCUAUACAGAGAUUGUAUCCUACCUUCUUGACCUACCCGAGAAAGAUGAGGAAGAGGAGGAACGAGCUCAGAUAAACAACUUUGACACACUGUGGGGUGAAACAGCUCUGACAGCAGCAGCGGGUCGGGGGAAGCUGGACGUGUGUCGUCUUUUACUGGAGCAGGGUGCCGCUGUGGCUCAGCCCAACCGCAGGGGCAUCGUGCCACUCUUCAGCGCCGUGCGGCAGGGACACUGGCAGAUCGUGGACCUGCUGCUGAAUCACGGCGCUGACGUGAACAUGGCGGAUAAACAGGGACGAACUCCUCUAAUGAUGGCUGCGUCUGAGGGACACCUCGGUACAGCCGAGUUCCUGCUGGCUCAAGGUACAGCCUUGUCUCUGAUGGACAAGGAGGGGCUAACAGCACUGAGCUGGGCGUGUCUUAAAGGCCACCUCCCAUUGGUCCGUGCUCUGGUUGAAAGAGGUGCAGCGACAGCCCAUGCAGACAAGAGCGGACGCACUCCACUGGAUCUUGCCGCUUUUUACGGAGACUCAGAAGUGGUGCAGUAUCUGGUGGAUCAUGGUGCGAUGAUCGAGCAUGUGGACUACAGCGGCAUGCGUCCACUGGAUCGUGCGGUUGGCUGCAGGAACACAUCGGUGGUGGUGGCGCUGCUCAAGAAGGGCGCCAAGAUAGGUCCUGCAACAUGGGCAAUGGCCACAUCAAAACCCGAUAUUAUGAUCGUUCUGCUGAGCAAACUGAUAGAGGAAGGAGAUGGAUUCUACAAGAAAGGAAAGGUGAAAGAAGCCGCCCAACGGUACCAGUAUGCCCUGAAGAAGUUCCCACGAGAGGGUUUCACAGAGGACCUGAAGACCUUCCGUGAGCUCAAAGUCUCUCUGCUGCUCAACCUCUCCCGCUGCCGGAGGAAAAUGAAUGACUUUGGGAUGGCGGAGGAGUUUGCCUCCAAGGCACUAGAGUUGAAACCCAAAUCCUAUGAAGCCUAUUACGCACGAGCCCGUGCCAAGCGCAGCAGCAGGCAAUUCCACGCAGCCCUGGAGGACCUGAGUGAAGCUAUGCGUCUAUGUCCCAAUAACCGCGAGAUCCAGCGCCUGCUGCAGCGUGUAGAGGAAGAGUGUCGUCAAGUUGAACAACAACAGGAGCUGGAUCCGCCUCCUUCCCCUCCCCGCGAGCAAGCCCCAUCCAUGGUCCCGCCUCCUCCAAUGGAGCCCCACAUUUCAGACAUGGAGCCUGUCCAGGACUUGUUUGAGGAGGACGAUGAUUACCUCGAGCGGGAUUUGGACGGCCUACCACUUGGUGUUCCUGCUGAGCCCCACACUAUACCAUCGGGACUUCCUGUCAUUCAAAACAUGCCUCCAUCUCCGAGCCAUCACGAUUCACCCUACUUGGGCCAAGCGUAUGACCUUCGCCCCAGUCCUCCUUCAAUGUCCUCUCCUACCAGGCAAGGCUACCAGUCCCCCUCUCCGUCACUCUCACCAACGCACCAGAGCUCUCACUUCCGGCCCAGUCCCCCUCAUCAGGCCUCCUACCACUUCAGUCCACCACCAUCACCGUUACGCCGUGGACCACAGUAUCGCGCCAGCCCCACCUCUGAGGGAGUCGCCAUGUACCGUCCCCAGUCCGCCUCUGCAGGACGGUACCAGCAGGACCAGCUUGCAGGACGACCCAAGUCCCCUCUGUCCAAGAUGAGCAGCCAACGUUCUUUCCAAUUUUCCCAACAGACUUCCCAGCCAUCGCAACAGACCCAGUGGUUGCAGCCAGCCAAGGCACAGAUCGUCCGCACCAACCAGCCCAGCACCGCGGUGCACUCCAGUGCCGUACUGGGUAGUAGUGCAUACAGUCAGAUUGCUCACUCGAUGAGCGCCCGCUGCCCAGGAGACAUGGAUGAACUUGGGGAUGGAGGGUACUCUUCCUCACUUCAACCUCAGGGCAGUCUGAGUGCAGGGGCUUUGUACCAACGUGCCAUCAGCAUGGAUCCUGGCCUUGUGGAGGAUGAGCUUCCUCAGAGGCCCUCCUCUGCGUACAGACCCAAUCCCGGAGGAGUCCGUUAUGCUCAGACACCACAGAUCAGCCGCAGUCAGUCGACCGCCUACUAUCCAGUCCCGCCUCAUGAAAUGGAGCGACAGGUGACUCUGGGUUCGCCAGAGAACCUUCAAGCCCACCGACGUCCAGUCAGCGCGAAUAGUGUUGAGCCCAAACAGCACCCACCAGCUCCACGCCCCCUUAUUCACUCCCACAGUACGGGUCUGCGCUUCUCGCCAUCCAGCAACAGUUUGGUGGCAGGUUCUGCUGCUAACCUAGGCCCAGGGUUCAGGGCGUCAGCUUCGGCGCAGCAAAUGGAGAUCCCUCUGAAGCUUUCCUAUGAAGGCAGCUACCAUGAUGAGCUUUCACCGGUGUCACCCCCACAAGGCACAGACUUCCGGGUGGUGGGUGGAACAUAUCCAGGAGAAGCACUUCGCUCCCGCACUACACCUUUCAUGGGAAUUAUCGACAAGACCGCACGGACUCAGCAGUACCUUCAGCAGCAGCCUUCGCUGGCAUCGUCCUCUUCGGGUUCUCGACCCUGGACCGUUUCUUCUCUGGAUACGGUGGUGAACAGUCCAGCCACUUCCCCUAGCAACAUGGGCUAUGGGCAACAAGCGGCACCCCUCAGCCAUAUCGCCUACUACAACCGCACCAACAAUGCUCACAAUGGCCACCUCAUGGAUGACGAUUUCUACGCCAACUCCCCUGGUGUGACGCGGGACCGGGCGGACGCUAUGGGCCGAGUGAGCCAGGUUCCCACAUACCCGGAUGUGAAAGUGGCAAGGACUCUGCCAGUUUCCCAGGCCUACCAGGACAAUGAGUUUAGGCAGAUGUCACGAAAUGAAAGGCAAGGCCCAACCUCACCCAUUAAACCAAAGAGACCCUUUGUGGAGUCUAACGUGUAAGAAUAAAGAAUCGGUGUGCAAGAUUUAUUAGAACAUUCUCGAGUAAUGUCUAACAUGUUGACCAUCUCAUCUCUUCAUUUUACGUCCCAUAUCUUGAUAACGAAAAUAAAGACCUCUCAAGGUGAAUUUCACUGAUGUGAAGUGAAUCUAGCAUGUACAAAUCAAAUGCAUCUAUAUUUGCUCUGGACACAAAAAUGGAAGUAUCAGGACCCAUUGGAGUUAUAGUAGGCCUGUGUAACUGCUGUACACCAACCUUCUACUUUUCUGUACCUUUCUGAGAGGGUGGCUGCUCAAUGCCAGUCAUGGACACAUUGCUGAGCAUGGCCCCUGGACCAGAUGUCCUUACUAAUGUCCCCACUCAAACCAGUAAUAUCCCUGAGAAUCUUGCUGUGUCUUGAGUUGAAAAUGUACCUAAAAUAUUCCAGAUCAAUAUUGCUAAAGCAAAAAACUAAUAUUUAAAAUUAAGUUAUGUUUGUAUAAAUAUAUAUAUAUAUAUAUAUACACCUACAUUUCAAUGCAGUUGUGUUUUCAGUUUGCCUUGAGUUGACAUGCUCUCAGCAAUGUGAAAUAUUUUUUAGACUUUUCUGGGCAUUUUUAUUUUUUGUCAACAGGUUAUAAAGGUCAACAGGAUCGCUACCUUUAACGCAAUGCAAAUAUCUGUAGUGUUUGGUUAAUAAUUUCACAUCUGCUCAAGGGAAGUAGCAUUCAGGUGGUCAGCCGUUAAUUUACUCGCUCUAAAGUAGUUACACCACUAAAGCGGAAAUUGUCUUUUCCAAAGAAACUUUUCUCAUGGGAAGUAGGAGUGGGGAAAACUUUUUUUGCAGCCUCCGAAUUCACAUGCUCUCAUUCAUUAUGUUUUGAGAGUUUAUUUGUGCACUGAAACAUGCCUUCAAAACAUUUUCCCUGUUUGUUUUAAACUGUGAGUACUUGCUUUCAAAUAUGGGAAACCUGACUUGAUGUCAAAGCCUGUGUCAUGUAUCGCCAUUGAACUAACAUACUAUUGGUAGGUCAGGCACUUUUUUUACGGAUGUCUUAGUGGGAAGACGGUGGCAAGUCAGAUUCGCUCACUGGAUCUGGCUUUACUUAUAAAUGUUCAACUGCUGUUGAAAAAGAGCAGGUCUUUUUGCAGUGUUUUAAUUAUUAUUAUUAUUAUUAUUAUUAUUAUUUUCUCUUUUUAGUUAUAUGAGGUGCACUCAGAGUUGACCUGGAAUACUGCUUACUGUACAACAGUGUUUGUAUUUAACUAUUUGUUUUCCUUUUGUAUGACCAAAAUGUAAAUGGCUGUAAAUAAUGUGCUGAACUAGAACGCAUGCUCUCUGCUAAUACACAAACCUGAGUGUGUGUAUGUGUGUGGUUUUAUGUAUGAGGGAAAAGACUGUGGCACAAUAUAUUUCCUUGUUUCCCUUAUUAGACAAAAAAAAGAACAGAUGAAAUUUAGGUUUUGUAUGUAUUUUGCUUUAAUAUUUUGAUUUUGUUUAGAACUGGGUUUGCGAAGGAGGAUUCUCUGUAAAUUGUCUGUAAAUGUGAGCUGUGAUGUUUUCUGGGAUGGAAAAUCAGAAACGUGAAUGACUUUUUAUCCAGUUACACGAUUGUAAACUGUACAAUCAUCUGUAUGUAUGAGGGAAAUAAUGAACUUAUUUAAAAAAAAAAAAGAA